AUGUCCCAGCCAGGCCGAGGACGCGACAUUGCCAAGGACGGCCCCCCUCCCACGAGUGCCCCUCCCCCCUACUCACCAAGGUCGGGAAGAAAUCGAUCGGCAUUGACAGCCAGAGGCGUCCAGCUUAACCAGUUUGCUCAACGCCUGGCUCUAGAACCCUCUACAGCAGCCCUGUCACGCGCCAUUCAAGCACAGCUCAUGAACGAAAACGAGACCAUGGAAGAUGAUGAUGAGCCCUGUGCACCACUUAACCUGCGGAUCAACACCUCGAUCACCAUCAACAAGAGCAAUAACCUGAUCUGCUUGUCGGAGAACCCAUCUAGCCACGCCAAUGCCAUCGCCGAAGCCAUGACCUCAGCCAUCAAAAAGCACAGUGCAGGCAAUUGUGGACUUCCCAUGAUUGAUGGCAACGGAAACCCAAGACCUAUCAGGCUCGAGGUCGACGCGGGUCUCGUUGUCGAAGGCGAAGGCAACAUCAUCGGAAGCGAGAGCGUCAUUCUUGAGGCUAUUCGCCAGCGUAACGAGCGGCUUGAGCAAAAAACAGUGUGCCUUAGGCGACCCCGAGCCGAGGACGAAGAGGGCGAGUCCUCAAGUGACGGCGCCAAGCGUAGACGAUCUGAGUAA